AUGAGCGAUGAUGAUUUCUAUAAUAAUUUAGAAACAAUUAUUGAAGAAUCUAAAAAACAAAUUAUUGAAAAAGAAAAAUUAAUUACAAGAGAAAAUUUAGAUGAUGAAAUAGAAAAUCCUGAAGAAAAAAAAAAGAACUUUUCUUAUAAUUAUACAAGUUUAGUUAUCCCAUCCGAUAUAAACUCAGAGAAUAAUUCUAAAAAAAAUGAUGACAUCAAAGAGCUAAUAAAUCUUCAAAAAAAUGAAGAAAUUGAAAUAGUAAAACAAAAGUUAGAAGAAAAACAAAUUGAAAAAAAGAAAAAAGACCCAGAAAAAUUGGAGAAAAAAUGGAAUAAAGCAAGAUCAUGUGAAAAUAAAAAAAAUGAUUCUGACAAUAAAAAAAAUAAAAAAAAAUAUGUUUUAGAGAAUAAUAAAUCAUUAAAGAAAAAUAAAAGUAAUAUAAGAGAUUUCAUUAAUCUAGAAAAAGAGAUUUUUAUUGCAAAGACAUUAAUGUAUAAAAAAAAAACAAAAUUAGAAGAUAUUUAUAAAUAUACAAGCAAAAAAGAAAAAAUAAUAAAUAACUUAAAUAAAAAUAUGAAUAAAGAAUCAGAGGUAUUUCAACAAUCCUUAAUGGAAAAUUUUCAAAAAACAGAAGAACUAAUUAAAAAAUUUGAAGAAAUUAGUUCAAAAAAAAAAAAAAAAAAAAAUCAAGUACAGUCGCUUAACAUAGAAAUUAGUAAAUUAGAUGUUGAAUAUGAGAAAAAAGAAGAAAAAAUAAAAGAACUAGACAAGUAUAAAUUUUUUCUUAAUAAAUUAGCUAAUAGUGAUAAUUUAGAUGAUGUUUUAUUUAAUGAAAAUCAAAAUGAAGAAAAAGAAGAUAAUUUUUCAAAAAAAAUGGAAAAAUAUAUAAAAAAUUCUCAAUUAUUAAUAGACAACUUUAAUUUAUUAGAAGAGAAACAUUUACAACUAAUAGAUGACACACAAAAUGCUGAAUAUGAAUUAGAAGAAUAUGAAAAAAAAUAUGAAGAAAAAAAAAAAGCAUUUGAAAUAAAAAAUAAUGAAAUGGAUAAAAAAAUUAAAGAUAUUAGUAAUUUCAUUAAAGAACAUAAUGAUAAAAUAUCUGAAUAUGAAAAUCUCAUUAAAAAUAAUCAAGAUCAAAUAUCAUUUAAUAAUAUAAAUAAUAAAAUUGAUUAUAUUUGUACACAAUUUUCUUAUGACAUAAAUACUGAUGAAAUAAUGAAAAAAUUACAAAUAAUGGAAAAUAAAAUUUAUUCAUAUAUUACAACCCUUACAAAAUAUACUGAGGAAAAUAGUCAACUUGUGUAUGAAUAUCAAAGGGAGAGAGAACAAGAAAGAAGAAAACAAAUGAGAUUUGAAAUUAAUUUAGAUAGAAAAAGUAACAAUCAAAAUAAACAAUUAAAGAGUAAAAAAAUUAAUAAUAAAAAUUUUCCUACGAACUUUAAAGAUAAAAAAGAAAAGCGUGAGAACAUAUAUGUGAAGUUUGAAAAGGACUUAUUUAAAUAG